UCAACGCACAGCAACUUCAUUCUUGCACGCCUUGGAAAGUGGAAACACUUGGACAAGCUAGCUAACAACAUGAAUAGAAUUCGACAACCAAAAUGCUCAGUCGUGGACUGCACGAAUCAGCACAAAUGUCUUCAUGUGACUCCAGCUAUAGAAGACACCAGAUCUAGAUGGAUUGAGUUCAUUUAUGAUGGUAACGUUCCUGAAAGCGUCGGCAAAUAUCUGUUAGUGUGCGCUAACCACUUCGAAUCGGACUGUUUUCUCAACCUGGGCAUAUAUAACGCUGGACACUCGAAAAGGUUGACAUUGAAAACGGGGUCGUUGCCAACUAUCCGUCGCAAUAAUGAAGACGAGGGAAAUGCAAGCGCUCCUGUUCACGGUGCAAGGUUGCAUCACAUGGCCUGCCAGACGGACCCACCAAAGCUGUGCACAGUUGGCACCCAGCUUUCUUUGAAAACGCUACAACCUCACUUCAAAAGUAUAGGUACACAGAAAUCGGUGUCCUUCACUAAUGUCGGUGUUGGAACCGCAGCUCCGGCCUUCAAAGCAUCAGGGCCAUUCCUAAAAUCGAUGCCAAUAGGGAGGCCAAGUAAGAGACCUCGCCUGGAGGAGGAAGAGGACGGCCAUUUUGAGGGAAGUUCAAGUAUGGACUUAAUGGAGCGACAGGAUUCUGCCAAUGAUCCUGAUGACUCGGUCACAGUCUUGACUGAGUCAGCAGAUGUGAUAAUGGAAUCUUCCAACCCCGCUCACAAGACACCCACAUCUGUUCUCUACGAAAAGUGCCUCCUGGAGCUGUUCCAGGUGUGCCCUGUGUGUCGGCGGGGGACAGAUGUGCAGACAAGAAGGUUUGGGACAUUCCUCUCGAUAGAACAGCAGUGCCCACCCUGUGAGUUCUACAGAAAAUGGAAUAUUCAGCCUCGUCUUGGUAGAACUCCUGUUGGGAACAUCAAACGCUCAGCGGCAGUCAAGGCCACUGGGGCCUCUUUCUCCAAACUUGAGAUGGCCAUGCGGACAGAGGACAUCUCCAGCAGGGGAGAUGCCUUUGCGAUUGUCACUUUGAGCGAUGAAGAGAGGGCUGAAGAGAUCACCGACGAGAGCUCUCCCUCUGAUGAAGGGGAGAGCAGUGAUGAAAGUGGGGGGAAGGCAGACAGUGACUGGAAUCCAUUGGAUGGGGUUUUGCAGGAUGAGGCGCUCCUCCAGGACUCUGAGGAGGAAGACGAAGGCGAAGAGGAGACAGAUUCCCCGGGUGGUCUCAGAAUGAACGAGCUCUGCAAUGAGUGUGGAUGUUUUUUCGACUCUCUGAAGGAUCACACGUGCGAACACAAAUUGAAGCCCUUUCCCUGCAAUAUUUGCGGCAUAAGAUGUGUUUCUGAAGCUUCUCUAAAAAUCCACAGCAGAGUCCACAGUGAAACCUAUGAAAUCCCUUGCAAAUACUGCCACGUGACAUUCAAAAGAAAGGUGGACAAAGUUACACAUGAGCGGAUUCACGAAGACAGAAAGGAUCCCUACAAAUGUCCCGACUGUCCGGAGCUAUUUCCCACCAGUAAAGAGCGCAGGAUCCACCUGUCCACCUGUCACAGGGCGUCAAGGGACUUCAAAUGUGGCGUUUGUGGGGUGGAAUUCACCGGUUUAAAUCCUCUUCAGAGACAUUCUGUUGUGCACACGGGAUUGAAACCGUACAAAUGUUCGGUGUGCGAUCGUGGCUUCAACCAGGAGAGCCACCUCAAAUCUCACAUGCGUCGGCACACAGGGGAGAAGCCAUACAAGUGUCGGCACUGUGACGAAUCCUUCAAUCACAACGUGAGGUUGAAGAGUCAUGUCCAGCGUCGCCACCCGCCUGGGCGCGGACAUAAGAUGGGUAAGAUCAAUGAAGAGGCGAGAGGCGCUUGUGACGCAGAGGACCAUGAACGUAAGAGUGGUGCCGGCUCUGUGUCUGACAACGCUGAUAAACAAGACACGGGAGAGACGGUGCAGCAGAAGUCGAGAGUUUUGCCAAAACGACGUCGUCGGAAGUGCACGGGGAGACCCAGAGGAAGACCCAAGUCCAACCCAGAUGGUAACUCAGUUCCGUCAGGGCAAAAUGAAGACCAGUGCGUGAACGCUGACUUCAAAAUCAAAGUUGAAGAAGUCAAAGAAAAGUGGUGAAAGCGACGAGGAAACGGAGUUGGAACAAUCAGACAGCGACAUGUCCUGGAACUCAGAAGAAGAAGAGUUGCAGGAGCAGAGAGCACGGAGGAGCACAAAGACAUCAAGAAGACGGCCGACAGAUGACGAUGACAGCGAUUUUCACCCAGAAGAAGAAAAUGAAAAGAAAAAGUGUAAGAGUAGCGGUAAGAACAGAGCGAGAGGAAGAAAGAAUUUCGUGAUCUGAAAACUCUCUAAAUACACAGAAUCAACUGUGUAGGGUUAUAUGGAAACACAAAUAUAAUUUUAGUGGCACUCAAAGUAGGAAAGGUAGAAGAAAGCGGUCCAGAGUCAACAUGAGGCCCAUCUAAGUAGCUACAGUAUGAAGCUCAUUAUGGCAGCUUUGACCAAUGACACAAACAGCCUGGGCUCUGGGUGAAUGUCAGUGUAACGGGAAAUAAUUACAAACUCCCUCUUGGGAAAUCUGAAUCAGAUCAUAACCAAACUAAAGGAGUGAUGGCUGUUUUUGUUAAAGCGAACUGUUAGUUCAUGUUCAGCAUUGUGAUGCUGAUACUGAGAGUUUCAAACCAAGUCGUUAUCAAGGUCAGACGCUGUAAUAAAUUUGGUUGCUAUA